AAUUAAUGCUUGGAAGAUUUUGAUAACAGCAACCGUCGAUUAAAUUAUAUCUUUUAUGAAUAUUUAAUUGAUAAUAAAUAUUAUACGCAUUAGCAUAAAUAGAAAUACGAGAAAAAUAUUUAAAUAAAGGUUACACAAGUGUGAGCCAUACCAAGUAUUUUUUCUACAUCUACGACGUAGAAGUGUUGUAUAUAAAAGCAAGUUGAUACAAUUUUUUGGGGUUAAAAGAUAAUUAUUAAUCUAACAGAACUUAUUGAAAAAUAUUUUUCUGAAAUGAUUGUCGUUGCGUUAAUUUGUUUUACGUUUAUUGCCAGUGGAUCUUGUCAGGUAUCAGACUCAUCAGACAAUGAUCUUCUAAACUCAAGAUUAAUUGAUACUCUUCAAUUUAAAAGAUAUCUAAGUGCACAUCGAUUAAAACCAGUACCAAAUUACAGUCCUGACCAAAUUUCAAGUGAGCCGGGACCUGAUCCAAAAAUAAUAUUGGAGAAUAUUAAAAGAGACGUUGAUACUGUAAGAGAAAAAUUAUAUCAAACAGUUGAACAACGUUUGAGCUCUAUGGUUGAAAAAUUUGAAAAUAAUGCAUGGGAGUAUGUACAGAACCUCGGCAAGUACAUCGCUAAAAAUUAUGAAGAAAAAGGCAAUUCAACACUACAAGUAUUGGACGGAGAAAUCAAAAACAAAUUAAAUUCAUUUGUUUCAAGUUUGAUGAUGGCUACUAAUCAAGCCGUCGAAAAUUAUAACGAUAACGCAUCUCUUGUUUCCAAAAGAUUGGAUAGUAAAAUAAGAGAUUUAAACGUUAAAAUUAAUGAAGCGGAGAAAAAAAUUAAAGCAGUUGUUGAGAACAAAGGUGAUACGAAUGACGUGAAUACUUCAAUUUAUGAUGAAAAAUCAAUUUUGACGGAUCUUGAUGGGAAAAAAAUAAAUUUGUUCGACGAUGAUGAUGAGGGUUUAAUUUUACCUAAAAUAUCGGAAUCUUAAAUUUCGUUUAUUAUCAUUCUAUUACUAAUAUUUUUUUAAAUCUUAUUCACAGUUUAUAUAAUUUCGUUUUAUUUUAUAUAAUAUAUUAAAUGCUAUAUUUUACCAUGAUGUAUUUUUAAGAAAUUUUUACUAACAUGUGCUUAUGAUUAAUGUAAUAAUCAAUAAAAGUGAUUUCUGAAAAUUUAA